GGAAGAAUGCCAACGAAAGCGACAGGUUUGAUGUAGGAGAUAACAAACGAUAACAAAAUUCGUGGGAUUAUCGAUUGCAUUGUUGCGAUUCAUACAAAAUGGCGUCGAAGAGGAAGCAAGAUGACAAGCACCUUAAACAAUUACGGGAGAUGGUUAGCAAAGAACACAAUAAAACGUGUUUUGAGUGUAAUCAGAGGGGACCUACAUAUGUUGACAUGACAAUAGGGACAUUUGUAUGUACAUCAUGCAGCGGAAUUUUAAGAGGUAUCAAUCCACCACACAGGGUCAAAUCUAUAUCAAUGGCAAGUUAUACAGCAGCAGAAAUGACUUUCUUAGAAAAGAAUGGCAAUGAGGUUUGUAGGCACAUAUGGCUGGGUUUGUACGACUCCAAAUCACAACCCGGCCCUGAGUCCAAAGAAGACACCAAGGUGCGGGACUACCUGGUGCAGAAGUACGAGAAGAAGCGGUGGUACGUGGAGCCGGGCCAGGCCGCCGUCCUGGCCGCCGCCAAAGCAAAGGAAGUAGCAGAGAGUGCAGAGAGGAAAAGCACAAGCAGCUCACACAGUACGCCCGAGCCCAAGCCGCUCAAGUCGUUAAUAGGCAGCAACGCAGCUCCAAUAAAAGUAUCACAGCCACCUGGUCACUCCACUUCCACACACAACAUCAGCAAACCUCCUACGUUAGCUCAAACUGCCAACAAACAAAAGUCUGUUGAUCUUCUAGCUGAUCUAGGGGGAGACCCUUUCGCAAGUGCAUCACAACCAGCACAAACUGGAGGCUUUGGGCAAGCACCCUUCGGUCAAGCAACUCAACAAUCUCCAUUUGGCCAGCCAGCCCAGCAGGCAGGCUUUGGGCAACAGCAGACGCCUUUCGGGCAACAGGCCGCAUUUGGACAACCAGCCCAACAGGGAGGGUUUGCCGAUUUCAGCCAGGCUUUUGGAGGACAACCGCAAAGUAGCCAAGCCUUUCCAGAAAAUAAUCCCAAGAAAGAAAGCUUUGAGACGUCGGGUGGUUCUGGAGACCUUGCAGACUUAUUCCUUUCCCCUCAAACUACCCAACAGAAUGAUCCUUUCAUGCCAGCAGCUCAGCCCGCUGCAGGGUCUGCACCGUCAUCCAAUAACUUUGGGGCAUUUGAAUCGGCAUUCACUCCCCAGUCUGCUCCUGUUCCUGUUGCCUCCUCCGCAGCACCCCUCAACCCCACAGUGCAAGGAUUACAAGGGCUCUCCAUUGCCAAUGCCAGUCCGCCAUCGGGUGGAGCUGCAGCAUCAGCAAGCUCCGGUGGUGACAAAUACGCAGCAUUUGCUUUAAUGGACAGCAACGCCACAUCCAGUGCAAGCACUACCGUCAACUGGAGCGGAGGCAGUAGUUCGUCGGGUGGUAUUAAUUGGGGUGGCGGAGGUGGUGGUAGUGCUGUUCCUAAGAGUUCGUCAAGUUCAGGAAUUGAUUGGGGUACAGGGAUGGCUAAGUCAUCACCGCAAGCAUUUCCGGGAACAGGUAGCGCAUCAGCCACAUCAUUAGGGACAACGUCAACAUCUUCAGGCCAACUGUUUGGCUCAGCAAGUUUUGGUACACAAGGAACGCCGCAGGGUAAUCCCUUCAUGGCUAUAUCAAGUGGUGCUACCCCAGCAACAAGUACUAUGGCAAACAACCCUUUCCUAGCAGGUGGAGCACAAGGGGCUCCAGCCCAAGCAAAUGGACUCUUUGGUAUGCAGCCGGCUGGAGCUCCCGGAAUGCCCACACAGAACCCUAUGAUGGUUGCAGGAGCAGGUGGAGCCUUCAACCAGCAAACCCCUACACCUGGAGCCAAUAUGCAAAUGAAUGGAAGAGUAGGGGCAGGGUUUCCUCAAGGACAGUUUCCCGCGGCUGGUGGUUUUGGCGGCAUGCCUCAAGGGGCAAUGCCUAAUCAGUUUGGGAUGGGUAUGCCAGUAUCACAGCCUCAGCAACAGCCGCAACAGACUCCUCAAGGAGGCAUGAGUUUUGGGGGUGCUGGUAUGGCCGCAAUGGCAGGACUACAGUUUAAUAAAAUGGGCCAACCCCAGCAACCAAUGGGACAGUUUGGUGCACCUCAGCAACCUACCCCGCAAGGUCAGCAACAGAUGACCGCAUGGGGAGCAGCACCCAAUGCAGUACCACAACAGAAUCCUAUGGCUCCUAAUCCUUUUCUGUCGCUGGGAGGAGGCGGAUUUGGCGGCCAAGCUGCUAUUCCACCAAAGAGCAGUAAUGCCAGCAAUCCAUUCCUGUAAUCAUCACACCACCUACCAACCCACCUACAUCCAUCAUCAUCAUCCAUCUAGAUUCAACCUCGUAUCCUCAAAAGGUGACCAGACCAGCCCUCUUCUGUGGUAGAAUGGCUUGGAUGCUGUCGCUGGGAAAGUCAGGACUGAACUGGAUGCUGCUGGACUUGACUGGAAUUGACUGGAAUGUUCUUGAAUUGAUUAAAUUCAUACAUCUGUAAGGUUUCUGCGAGGACAAAUGGAACAGUUCUGGUUGUGAGUGGUCCUUGAGGCUCUUGAUGACCUCCACCUGUGAUCACGUCUUAAGACAACUUGGUAGCCAACACCGGAUUGGCUCCAGCUUCCAGAGAUCUGAGAUGCUGGUUGAAUGGAAGGAGAAGCACUGAAAUGGAGUUGCAUUCCCAGAUGGAGGAAAUAGAGUCUCUUUUGCAAAUCUCAUCUCGCCAUAAAAAUGAUAAUGUUAUCUUUUUAUUGUGAUGUGGAUAUGUGUGUCUCUGUUCUUUGAAUGGACUUGGUAAUAUUGUACUGACCCUUUUGUAUAAACUUAGUGCAAAAUGCAUGCAAGAAAUGAAUCCUUCAAAGAAUCAAUUCUCUACCCCUGGGUCAAGUUUGCCGAAGUUAGAUAAAUGCCUUGGGAUAGGAUAUUCGUGGCAUAUGGGAUUUGAGCCUUAAAUCUUAAUCAGGGUUCCCACCAUCCUGGAAAAAAAUUGUCAUGGAUUAAGUCAGGGAAUUUGGAAAAUUUGUGAAAAGUCAUAGAAAAGUCAUGAAAUUGCAUUUACCUCUUGGCUAUCGCAGCUUUCCAGUUUGCCUCGCAACUCUCAUACUCUGCUAUUAUAAUUGGUGUUCAUGAGGGGAGGUGGAGGGUGGAGGCCAUCAUAAUGUGUCUGAUUUUCGAAACCGUGCCAGAAAGGAAGUCAUGGGAAGCAGCAAUUUAGUCACAGAAUUCUGUUUUCAAAUUUCUGUGGGAACCCUGUUAAAGAUGACAGACACUAGGUCAUGACUGGGCCAUGACACCUCGGAGUGAUUAAAAAAUGUGAAUGGAUUAUUUCAUUCCACACUCUCAUGAACCUUUUUUUCUAGCAUCGUUUACCCCCCCCCCCCCCCCCCCUCCCCUUCUCAUCUCCUUGUUUUACAACAUACUGCUGUAAAAGCAUUGCCAAAUAAAGCCAAUUUUAUAAAGAAAAAUUGCCAGAUACAGAUCUCUAAGAAGCAGAUGCCAUUAAAAUUGGGUUUAAGUCUAUUCUUCAUUGAGUAAUCAGCAUCAUUGUUAUCGUUUUUCAUUAUAUUAUACAGAACAGGCCCUAAACUUGGCUAAUUACAUGUAGGUAACUGCACAAUGUCAGUUGAUUUGAUUUCAUUAUUUCUUCUUUUUUUUAAAAUAGUUUUUUUUUUCGUAGGUGCCAAAUUGUUUGUUUGAAAACAGUAAUCAAGGACCUAAAUUUCAAUUAUUAGCAGAGAUAAUAUGACCUCAAUAGACAAAUUUGUACCCAGCUAUUAGAUUUUCAAUGUUAACCAUGCAAAAGGCGGCACCAUGUUACAGUCUAAAUAAGAAUAGGCGGCCUUUCAGAACACUUCUUUUUUUGCUGUACAAGAAUUUUUUUUUCUUUCAAACAUUUGUUUUUGCACCAUCCAUCUUCUAAGUGCGCAUGUAAAAAGUCAUAUGGGGAACUGCUUGAAAUUUUUAAUCAUUCAAAUACAAAUCAAUUGCACAUCAAGCAAUCAAGCACCCAAUAUCAAGCAUGAUGGGGUGUUGAAACAAAGUUAAGUUGCAAUUAAAUGCAAAUAGAUCACAAAUUUUUGUUUGCUUAUGAAAGGACAGUGCUCCAAUUGUGGUCGCAAAUCUAUAACAUCAAGGAUUAUGUUAAUUUUGAUAUUAGAAAUAAAUUAAUCCAAUUCAACAAAUGAGCUCUGAAUGUUUUGGCAUUAGCAUCAUUGACUCCAAUAUCACAACUCUUAGUAUAAACGGCCCAUAAUCACUGGUUCACAAACAGAGCAAACAUAAAAAUGCUAUUUAACUUUCAACCUUUGUUUCAAAUUUUAAGGAAAUAUCACUCUCGGGCCUAUUUUAAGUUAGUUUAUGGAGUUCAAUUUGCUAAUGCAUGAAUAGACUUUGGCAAAACUCGACAAAUGUUGGUUGAAAUAUUGGUCAGAGUUGGUCAAAUUUGAACAAUAUUGGUCUGUGUUUGCUGAACUCGACCAAUGUUUGUUGACAUAUGGUCUGUAUUAGCCGAAUUCAACCACUAUUGGUCAAAAUAUUGGUCCGUAUUUGCUCAAUUCACCAAAUUCAACUAAUACUUUAUUUCCUUGUUGGAUGUUAAAGGUUAACAACCCUGCCUAUGCAUACAAAAAGAGGCAGUGGUAUAUUUUUAUAAUUUUUUUCCUCUUCUAUAGGCUGAUGAUACAUGUAAUUUAUUUGAGUUAGUCUGAUGGUUUUUACCAAUAGAAAUAGUGGGGUGUAUUUUAAACCUUGUUACAUCUCAGUAUGUUACUGCAAAUAAUUGUUAAAUAAGUGGUAAUAG